GAUGUGUGUGUGUGGGUGUGUGUGUGUGGGUGUGUGUGUGUGGGUGUGUGUCGCGUACAUAUGGUGCUGUUGCCCUUGGAAGGUUAAGGCUACCGGUAGUGUCGCGUACAUAAGGUGCAGUUUCCCUUGCAAGGUUAAGGCUACCUGUGGCGGUCAAACCAGAACCCUUCCGUCUUCCGUUCCUUGGCCUUUAGAAAAAUGCAAGUUGAGGGCACUAGCCUCCGGCUGGCUGUCCUUUUCCUCGAUGUCCAUUGUUUUCAUUUUGCCUGGAUCUCAUGUGCGAGUACCCACCUAUCGGCAAGAGAAAACCUUUAAUAUUCCUUCACAGCUAAGCGUCACUCCCUCAUUGGAUUCAGUAAUUGAAACCGUCAGGAGCGGCGCAACUCUUCUUUUUAAAAUUUAUCCCUUCGAACCACACAAAAAAGGGCCAGAUUGUUCUGCUUACCUUUCUCUUUUCUGGGUGAAGAACAGUGCUUUUCAAGUUCAUCAUUUGAAGGACGGGCAGAUAUAUCCAUACAAUCUACUCGUUGGGUCUAUCUAGCUACCGGUACGUACCGUAGCUGGAGGCUGGAGGAGAGGGCUCGGGCAAUUCUCAGGCCUGAAAACAACAAAAGGGAACAACAAAAGGGACCUUCGGGAGACUAUCGUCAUUGGAGGCAGCAUUUUCUGUAAAAAACUGUAUUGUCUCUGAGUGCCAGACGAUAUCGCUCUGAGUCCUGCAAGCGUGACGACUGUUUCGAUCAUCAUGUUCUCAGAAACGUGGACGGCUGAUAGGCUCUCCAGGGCUUCCAACCAAGAUCUUGGGUCUCCACAGGAGAUAGAGCAACGAUUUCUGCAACAUUUGAACGCUUCAGAAAGCUGCAAGACAUCCCUCAGGGUUCUCCUCACGAGCUCAUCCAACACAACUCGUGACUUCUCGCUAGAGGUGGACGCCUUUGAUUUGCUCGAGGCAGACCCUUGCUUAGGACAUUUGCUUCUGAAAUACCCACAGCUCAUGAUUGGCCAUCUGGAAAGAGCCAUUGUGACAGCCCAGCAGCAACUCUCUGCGCAGCUUGAGGCAGAAGCACGGCAAAAUGGGAUCGAAUUCGCGGGAAAGGUCAAGGGAUUGAGGACGAGCCGAGUGCAUGCACGCCUCGUCCAUCUCCCUCCGACAUGUUGCAAAAUGUCACUUGCAGCGCUACAGGCAUCGGAUGUCGGCCACAUUGUUCAAGUUUCAGGAACUGUGGUGCGGGCCACACCUGUUUUCAUGUACGAGAGUACGCGGACCUUUAAAUGCACCGGCAAGACCGGGUGUGGACAAGAAUUCACGGUCUAUGCCGAUCUAGAACAACGCCACAAUGCACUGGCGGCUCCAGAGCGUUGCAUGGCUAGCAGUGGAUGCAAGGGACAUAACUUCCAAACUGUAGCGGAAAACACUGUUCACACAGACUACCAAGAAGCCACAAUUCAGGAGGCCGCUUCUCAGUUGGGGGGAGGAUCACAUGUGCCCAAAUCUCUCCUGAUCAAGCUUCAACAUGAUCUUGUUGACCGCUGCCAGCCAGGUGAUGAGGUUGUCAUUGUAGGGCUUCUCUUGCCGCAAUGGCAGCCUUCCAUCAUGCCAAACAUGGAAUGCGCCGUUGCAAUGGCCCUGCGGGCUCAUUCGAUCCGUGUCGUGCGUGACAAUGGCGCCUCUGCGUGGUCUCGGGGGGCUCUUGAUGAUGGAAAUCAGCUAGGAGAGGACAUCCAAGAAGACAAGUUUCGUGGAGAAUUCAAAAAUUUCUGGGAGCAUUUCAAGGAUGCGCCAAUCGCUGCCCGAGAUCACAUAUGCAAGGCAGUUUGUCCCAAGCUCUACGGCAUGGCGGUCGUCAAAUUGGCGCUCCUUCUAACGCUCAUUGGGGGAGUAUGUGAAGCAGACGACAAUAGCGAGGAACCUACAGGGGUGACCGAUGAUUCUAACCCAGCUGAGCAACAUUUUGAACCGGAGCAAUUCGAGAUAUUCCGAGACAGCUCUGGUACAAAUGCAUCGACUUUUUAUGGAGAAACUCGUCCGCCGGGGAUGCGGAACUCUGAAAACAGGAGCGGGGAAACCGUACGAACUCGACGACGGGGACAGAGUCAUCUUUUGCUGGUGGGGGACCCGGGAACGGGAAAAAGCCAGUUUCUGUUGUUUGCCGCAGCGUUGUGCCCGCGAAGUGUCAAGACGACUGGUGUAGGAACCACUUCUGCUGGUUUAACGUGUGCUGCCGUCAGAGAGAGCGGCAAGGAGUUUUCUUUGGAGGCUGGGGCGUUGGUGCUAGCUGACGGAGGCGUGUGCUGUAUCGACGAGUUUGGUUGUAUUCAAGACCAAGAUAGAACCACAAUCCACGAGGCAAUGGAACAGCAGACCCUCUCAGUGGCGAAGGCCGGCAUUGUUUGCAAGCUCAAUUGCCGAGCAUCUAUCGUAGCUGUCAUGAACCCCAAAGAUUGCAUGUACGACCAUCAGGCCGGCUUGUCCCGUAACACGGGACUCGGCACUCCCUUGCUAAGCCGAUUUGACGUGGUUUUUACUUUGCUAGAUUCAACUGAUGCCGAGAGGGAUAGCAAAGUUACGACAACUCUUUUGAACCGGGCUAUCCAGGGGGGUGAGACUGGGAACUCUGCAGGCGACGACACCGCUACCGCCGAGAAGAUGUGGACUGUCGAGAAACUACGAGCCUAUGUGUCUUUGGUGAGGGAACAGUUUCGUCCCACCAUGAGUGAUGAAGCAGCCAUUCUCUUAGAAUUGCACUACGAAAAAUCCAGAUCAUCGCAGAACACUACAAUGCCCGUCACAGUCCGCUUCCUUGAAUCUUUGAUCCGCUUGGCCCAAGCUCAUGCUCGGCUCAUGUUUCGCAAAACUGUUGAGCUCGACGACGCAGUUGCGGUCGUUUGCAUCGUAGAAUGCACAGCUUUCGGCAGGGAAACCUUUGCAGAACACAUGGACAGUGGUGAUCACUUGUAUCGUGAUCCCAUGAACGUGGUAUUCUCCGAUACACCCGAUAGCGACUUUCAACAGCUCAAGAGCAUCAUUCUUCAGCGUUAUGGCAUUCAUGAUCCACGUCAAAUGUAAAUCAAUCCACCUUCCUCGAUUUAGUGCUGCGUCGUCUUCUCUCGAAUGACCACUCAAGACGUAGCUGGCUAGAUUGGAGCGGUAACCAUACCCUUCAUCAUGUAUUAAUAAUUCUGCCAUGUCCAAUGUGCUCGGGUGCUACGAACGGUACAAAUAGAUGGUAACAGUGUGACAAGAAGAAAGAAAAGAAAUGGUUCAUCAUGUGAGCCUUGAUGGCUUUGGCUUCCGAGUACGAAAGCUUUUCAUCCGCUAUUUUUGAGCCAAGUAGACACAAUUUGCCCAUUCAAAACCUUCCUCAUGGUUCACCUUCACCUACAAACACCCCACAAUCUCAUGACCAGGCAAGGAGGAUGUCAGGGCACGGAGCACACCCAAGCCUUCAUUACUUGAAAGGAAGAUUAAGUUUAACUUUAACCCCAAGAUUACCCCAUCU